AUGUCAACGGGACCCCCAACCAACUUCACCUCCCUCUCCACACACGCACUCACCACACGCUCCGACUUUGCCCACGCUUGCUCAUCCCUCCUCCAACCCCUCCUCCCCUUCUUCUCCCCAGGUCGCACCCGCGUCAAGCUCGGCGCAACCGCCACCCGCUACGACGAAACCGGAGCACAGCUCGAGGGCUUCACCCGACCGCUCUGGGGCCUUGCGUCUCUCCUCGCUGGCGGCUUCCCAUUCACCGAUGCCUCCUUCUGGCUCGAAGGGCUUCGCAAUGGCACGAACCCCGCACACCCGGAGUUCUGGGGAUGGCCACGCGAUCUGGAUCAGCGCAUGGUAGAGAUGUGCCCACUUGGGUUUGCGCUCAUCGUUGCGCCGGCGCAGCUCUGGGAGCCUCUGACGCAAUCAGAGAAGCAGAAUGUGCAGCAGUGGCUGGGGGCGAUCAAUGCGAGGGAGAUGCCGAACACGAACUGGUUAUGGUUCCGGGUGUUUGCGAACCUUGCCAUGAAGAAAAACGGAGCGCUAUACGACGCGCAAAAGUUGAAGGCGGACAUGGAUCAUCUAGACGGGUUCUAUCGAGGCGAGGGUUGGAGCAAUGACGGUCCGGAAGGGUAUACACAGAUGGACUACUAUAGUGGCAGCUUCGCCAUCCAGCUUUUGCAGCUGCUGUAUGUCAAGAUUAACGGCGGCGAAGACCAAGAACGAGCCGAGAGGUAUCGAGACUGGGCCAGGCAGUAUGCACUAGCUUUCGUCCACUACUUCGAUGAAGAGGGCCGUGCGAUUACCUUUGGUCGUUCACUCACAUAUCGCUUUGCGAUGGCAGGCUUUUGGAGCGCAGUCGCCUUCGCAGACCUCGAACUUCCUGACCCACUCAACUGGGGCGUCGUGAAAGGCAUCCUCCUUCGCAAUCUUCGCUGGUGGACUCGGCAGCUAAACAUCCUUUCCCCGCAAGGGACUCUCACCAUCGGAUAUUGCUACCCCAAUCAAUUCACUUCCGAAAACUACAACUCACCGGGUUCGCCAUAUUGGUUCAUGCUUAGCUUUGCAGCCCUGGCGUGUCCAGAGAGUCAUCCGUUUUGGCAGGCUGAGGAGCAGCCCUACCCAACGGCGAGACUUCCAGCGACGGUGGCGCUGAGGCAGCCCAAGCAUAUCAUGGUGCGAGGGGGUGGCCACACGUUCUUGCUAAGUUCCGGGCAGCAAUGCCACUACCCAAUGCGCGCGGCAGAGAGCAAGUAUGGCAAAUUUGCUUAUAGUUCCGUCUUCGGCUACUCAGUACCUACAGGAGGGUACUUUGUACAAGCCGCGGGAGGCGACAGCAUGCUUACACUCUCUGAGGAUGAGGGCGAGAGCUGGAAGGUCCGGCGGGUCGCUAUUGAUGCUGCAAUUGAAGAGAACGAGGGUACGCCUGUGCUGAGAUCGGGAUGGAAGCCUUGGAGUGAUGUGAGUGUAGAGACAUGGCUGGUGCCGCCAGAGGAGGCAACGCCCAACUGGUACUUGAGGAUUCACCACAUUAACACAGGAAGAAACUUGAGGACGAGUGAAGGGGCAUGGGCAUUGUGCGGUGAGCGUGAGAGCGACGGGAGGGAGCUGGAGGCCUUAGGGGUAGACGGUAGAGAAGGCCGCCAGCAGGGGCAGAAUGAAGCAGUGGUGGUCUCCCAGGCUGGCGUCGUCGGUAUUGUGGAGCUGAAGGCAAAGCGUGAAGGCGUAGUGCUUGAGGAAGACGCAAAUUCCAACCUCGUCUCGAGCAGGUCGAUCCUACCUACACUAGCGACGACGUUGGAGGCAGGCGAGGAUAUGUGGCUUGUGGCUGCCAUCUUUGCCGUUCCCGCGGAUGCACAUGACUGGCGAGAGACAUGGCAGACAAUGUGGAGGACAAGACCGGCAAUGCCUAGUUGGCUAGAGCGGUUAACUACUCAAUAG